GGGGAGUCUUGGAUGGAGUCUGCUGGGCGGAGCGCGAGGCGCGCCAUUGGACGGCGGCGCGUGACGCAGGGGACAGAAAAAGCCGAUAACUAGUUAAGAAGGCAGUUUGGAAGUGUGCAAAAAAGAGAGCGGAGCCUGAAGAGAGCGCGCGCGGCCGCAGCCAGCACGAGGGACGCAGAGAGCAGAGAGCCGAGCCGUCUGGGCAGCGGGACGCGAGCAUGGUGCAGCACACGGACCACGGCGAGGCGGACGGGAGCGGGUCCCGGGAGGCCACCGACUCCGAGGAGAGCGAGUUCAUGGCCUGCAGCCCGGUGGCCGUCAACCCGGACUGGUGCAAGACGGCCACCGGGCACAUCAAGAGACCCAUGAACGCUUUUAUGGUGUGGUCCAAGAUCGAGCGCAGGAAGAUCAUGGAGCAGUCGCCGGACAUGCACAACGCGGAGAUCUCCAAGCGGCUGGGGAAGCGCUGGAAGAUGCUGAAGGACAGCGAGAAGAUCCCGUUCAUCCGGGAGGCGGAGCGGCUGCGGCUCAAACACAUGGCGGACUACCCCGACUACAAGUACCGGCCCAAGAAGAAGCCCAAGCUGGACUCCGCCAAGUCGUCCGCGCCGUCCCCGGAGAAGUGCGCCAAGCUGGCCAAGCCGCCGGGCAAGAAGUGCGCCAAGCUGAAGGCGAAGAGCGGCUCCAAGGCGGCGGCGGCGGCGGCGGCGGCGGCGCACGGCUUCGCGGAGGACUGCGUCUUCAGCCCGGGCUUCAAAGUUACAAAGACCGUGAAGCGCGAGCCGCUCAGCGACGAGGACGACGACGACGACUACGAGGACGACUACCGGACGGGGCUCCGCGCCGGGCGCGCGGACGAGGAGCGCGUCCGGCCGUACGGCGUGGCCAAAGUUCCCGCGAGUCCCACGCUCAGCUCGUCGGCGGAGUCUGAGGGCGCGAGCAUGUACGAGGAGGUGCGCGGCUCCGGGGGCGGCAGACUGUUCUACAGCAUGAAGAACAUCACCAAGCAGGGCGCGCUGCUGCACGCGGCCGCCGCGGCCUCACCAGCAUCCUCCCGGUCCGCCUCCACCUCCUCCUCCUCCUCCUCCUCUUCCUCCUCCUCCUCCUCCUCCGGGGAGGACGCGGACGACCUGCUCUUUGACUUUAGCUUGAAUUUCGCCGGCAGCGCGCCGGGCGCGGAGCCGGGCGCGGGCGGCGCGGCCUCGGGGAACCUGUCCCUGUCUCUGGUGGAUAAGGACCUGGACUCGUUCAGCGAGGGCAGCCUGGGCUCGCACUUCGAGUUCCCGGACUACUGCACGCCCGAGCUGAGCGAGAUGAUCGCCGGAGACUGGCUGGAGGCCAACUUCUCCGACCUGGUCUUCACCUACUGAG